UCUCUCCUCUUCAGGCUGUGGCGCGCGCGGGGGAGCUCAGUCAGAUGGAGACUCCGGAAAGUCUACAGCGUCAAAAAGCCAGCCGGCGUUUGUAAACAUGAACACGGUUCGUGUUGAGGAUACGUUCACAUUCGCUUCACUUAUCGCCUCAUACAGACGCCCGUCAGGUGGUUUUAGUCGCCUUGAUUGGCGGUCAUCACCAUGGCUCGUGAGCGGCUGCACAAGAGGCGCGUGGAUUAAACCGACUCAACUCUGGUGUUGAGGCCCUGCUGAAGAGGAAGAAAUGACGACAAGUGAUGACCUGCAGAUUAAAAACAAUGAUGAAUGGACACAUCAGAACACACAACCUCCUGUAGGUGAACUUUUUUGAGAGAAUUAUUUCUCUUUCUACAUGCCUACUCCAUUUACAUGUCAGCAUGUCACUAUCAGACUGCAAGUAUGGGAGAGACACCCAAACGAAGCACACUUACAGUCUCCACAGCUUGCCCAUUGCUGAAAAUUAUGGGAAAAGACCUAUCAGGACAUUGUUUGACUUCAGGCAUACAGACACGACUGAAAAUCUGGAUGUGAAGUGGGUUUCGCUGUUGUCACUGACUAACCUGCGGAGCAUCUCAAAAGUCAAAGUGGUUAGCUUCCUGAUGGGCUUGACGUUGACGUUCCUCGUCAUGGCUUCCUACAUCCUAACGUGGGAAAGGAAAGGACUUUUGCUCACCCCCACGCUCUAUCACCUCAGACCUAUGGUCAUCCCCACCAGCACGGCAACAGCUGAAGUCUCCACUGAAAAGACUUUAAUAGACAUGAAACUUCUGGUGAAGAUCAUCAGCUCCAAAAUGAAAUACACACCCAGGAAGGUGCCUAAUGAAAAGGAUGUCGUUGGAACGGACUCUCAUCUGUUCUCUAUAAUCCCUCGCCAUUUCCUGCCCGGCAUCAAGAGCCCUUGCUGGUAUGAGGAGUUCACUGGUGAACUCGGCACCGAUCCGUACAAGAGGAACCUCUUCACUCUACGCUCAAAGAGCUUCAAGACUGUAUGCGACCAGCUGAGGACCAAUUUCAACCAGCAUCUGUACCGCAGAGGCAACAAACUGUUUCGUCUGCGCUGCUUACCGUUCUUCUAUAUCAUCGGCCAGCCCAAGUGCGGCACGACUGACUUAUUCCACAGACUGCUGCUGCACCCCGAGGUCAACUUCAACACAAUGAAGGAGCCACACUGGUGGACCAGGAAACGCUUUGGUUAUAUCCGUUUCAAAGAUGGCUUCCAGGAAAGUUUUCCUGUGGAAGAUUACCUGGAUCUGUUUGACUUGGCAGCCCGCAAAAUCCAAGAGGGAAUCAAUGGAAAUUCAUCUGGAGACCACCGCGCACUCAUAACAGGUGAAGCCAGUGCAUCCACGAUGUGGGACAACCAAGCCUGGAGCUAUCUUCACAGAGACAUGGGGGAGAUAGAGCCUCCAUUCCUGGCUCAGGACUUCAUCCACACAGUCCAGCCCGGUGCCAAAAUCAUCAUCAUGCUCAGAGAUCCAGUAGAGAGACUUUAUUCUGACUACCUUUACUUUAAGAUGGCCAACAAGUCAGCUGAGGACUUCCAUCAGAAGGUCGUAGACUCGGUGCAGUUGUUUCAUUCCUGCCUAAAUCAGAGGUCGCUGCGUUUCUGCGCCUACGACGCCGGCCUCUCCAACAUCAUGCCGGUGAGACUAAAUUUGGGGAUGUACAUUGUCUUCUUACUGGACUGGCUCACAGUUUUCCACAGGGAGCAGAUUUUAGUUCUUCGUCUUGAGGACUACGCAGCAAACCUCAAAGUGACAAUGAGGAAAGUUUUUGAUUUUCUGAGUGUAGUUCCUCUGUCGGAGCAGGUGGAGGCAGCUCUGACCAAACGGCCCAUGUCUAACACCCGGCGGACUGCAGACAGAAACCUGGGUCCAAUGCUUCCAGCCACCAGAGACCUCCUGAGGGAAUUUCACCAGCCCUUCAACCAUAAACUGGCCACUGUGUUGAACAACAAGGCAUUCCUCUGGAGUAACACCUGAAGGCACAGGAGCAUGUGGAUGGAUGUGAAUGAACAACCAGAGCCAGAAGCUAAAGCAGCAACACCUCUUAAUAGAAACUAAUAUACAGUGGGACGGCAGGAGAAGUCGUACACAGGUGUAUAGUUGUAAAUGGACUUACAUGGUCUGAAUAAGUGUAUGGGAUUUGUUUGUGAUAUUUAUUUGCUUUUGAAAUAAUGUGACUGAAGCAUUGAGUCAAGAAAAUAAUAAAAUAAGCUAGUU